AUGAAUUCCACGACUAAAGCUACCAACCUGGCAAGGAUCAUGAAUGAAAGCCAGUACAGUAUUGUUUUAUUAUUCUUCUGUGUUGCCUGGACAAUCUGUUCAAUGUUAGGAAUAGCAUCAAAUGUCAUCAAUAUCAAAACUUUCGUCGCUAUGGGACUCAAUGACAGCGUUACAGUGUCUUUCCUGACCUUGUCUGUUUUCGACUUGGCAUAUGUUAUUACGACAUUUUGUUUCGCCGUCUCAUCGGCAUUUAGUUUAAUUGAGCAAACAUAUCCGAUAUUAUUUCCUAUUGAACCGUACGGGGUCUACGUAUAUUUUGGUAACGUACUGGUGCUGAUAAAUGUCAACAACACAUUAACCACAACGUUUCUAGCAGUUGCCCGUUGUAUGUGUGUGGCCAAGCCGCUACACUUUAAACAUACUUUUACUGUCAAAAGAACGGUAGUUAUCAUGACAGCAUUUGCUAUUUUCGCAGUAGCCAUCUACACCCCGAUUCUCGCCAAUAUGGGAAUGGUCUAUAGACUCGACGCAAAGACCAACACAUCUCGACCGACACUUUGGCUAUCACCAAAUAGGGAGUCUACCAAAAAUAUUGUUUGGACAAUAAUACAGAUUAUUUUGCCCAUUGCUACAGAGUUUAUUGUUCUUGUCUGUAUCGUAAUUAUGAUCAACAGCCUCCGGGCCGCUUCAAAAUUUAGACAAGCUUCACACAUAACUGUAUGUGCUAAUGAUUCCUCCUGUUUGAAAGGGAAAACCGGUUCUUCUAAUGUUGCAAACGAGAAAUUGUCUGGAAAAGAAAUUCGAGUGGUUAAACAAGUUACUCUCAUUUCAUUAGUUUAUAUACUGUGUAACACGCCAAAGAUCAUGAUUAGCAUUGGAGGCCUGGUUGAACAAGAAUUCAGGAUUGGAAAAACCUACGGCUAUUUAUACCUUUGCCUUAAUUGUUUUCGCAUGCAAUUUGAAAUAUUGAACGCUUCAAUUAAUACAUUUGUUUACUAUGCUUUUAAUACGAAAUUUAAAACCACAUUGUGCUGGAAAUAA